AUGUCCGCCAACCCCGAGACCAACGGUGGGGACAUCAGUAGUGCCGAUGCCCAUUUCAUCAUUGAAUGCCUCAAAAAUCUCAACGGAUCUAAGCAGGUCGACAUCGGUAAAGUUGCCACUGUCUUUAAGUACAGCAAUGUGCUGUCAGCCCGCAACCGUCUUCGCAACCUGAGCAAGCGCUAUGGAUUUCCAAACCUGGAGUGCAGAUUUCCCUCUACCCCUACUAAGGCCGGCAAAGCUGGUGCUAUUGUCGAGGCUGCCAAGGAUGAUACUGCGGGCGAUGAUCCUUCUUCUUCCGGCGAGACUGUCCAGUCCACUCCUUCCAAGCCCGCUCGCAAGCCUGCUGGACGCAAGGGAGCCAAGGUCAACUCAAAGCCGAUUCCCGCCACGGGCCCGGUGAGCGCCGAUGGCUCUACCUCUCCUUCAAAAAAGCGCGGUCCAAGAGGCAAGGGCAAGCUAGCUGUUGCCCAAGAGGCCGCCGUCAUGGAGUCUGUUGAGAUUCCAGUCAAGAAGGACAAUGGAAACGUGAAGAUGGAGGAUGGUGGGGCUAUCAAAGUUGAAGCUUAA